UAUCCAAAUUCCAACCCUUUAUCUUUCACAACUCGCUUGCGUCAUGGAGAAACAGCAUAAGCUGAAGAACAAACUCUUGAAGGCACUACCAAAAGCAGUGGCAGCAGUCACUGUGACGUUUCAAAACCCUCCAUUCAGCCCUGGCAGGGAUAACAAAUCACGACCAGAGAACACAAUCAAGUGGCUCAGACCACAUGGCGGCAAGGGAUUUUCAGGCCCUAUUGUAUCCAUGAUUCCUGACGAAGCUAGAAGAAAGUCUCAUGAUAGAGGAACCAAUGGCAUUGAUGAAAUUUAUUAUCAAGAACCCACUUCACCAAAAAUCUCCUGCAUGGGUCAGAUCAAGCACAAGAAGAAACAUAUGAAAAAAGCAAGGGCCAUGAGCAUGUCCAUCCCAAAAGAGACGAAGAAGGUUGCCAACAAUACCAAAGACAGAGAGGUAAAGAAGCGCGUGUCCACGUUUCAAAGGAUGUUGUUCCAUGGAGCGAAGCCGAAAUCUGAGGGGAGAAAAUCUGAUACUUCUGCGCCUCAUCAGUAUAGUAAGGAUGCACCGCACGUGAGUCAGAUGAGGCGGUUUUCAAGUGGACGUGAAGCUUUUGCUAAUUUUGAUUGGAAGGUGGCGCCAGAAAAAGAGGAAAAUGAUUACUAUUCGGAUGAAGAUAGAGUGGAGAGUGAUACUGAAGAGGAAGAGGUUAUGAUCCCUUUCUCUGCACCAAUUUUGGUUGGUGGUGGUGGUGAUGUUUGUCAUGGGGGUGUGGUUAAUUUGAAGCCACGAAAAGAGAUUAAUCUAUGGAAGAGAAGAACCAUGGCUCCACCAAGGCCUCUUCAAUUGGAUCCAAUAAUUGUUUGAGCAAAUUGAUUAUUUGUUCAUUGCAAUGAAAAUUUGUUCGUUAGAUUUUUUUUAAUGGUUUUGUCUUGGUUUUGAAACAUGUUCUGUGCAGAACUACAGCUACAUUUUAAUUAGGUACGGCAAACAAAUGUAAUUGGCCACAUGGCGUGAUAGGCAUGUACGUUAUGUUAUGUGUAAAAUAUAUGGCAUCAAAAUUACGAUCUGUAUCCAAGUUCAAACAAAAGUUGAUGUAUAAAUGACAUUCAGGAAAUUAUCUCUCUCUCCCUUCUUUGAACUUGGAAGAUCCAACGUGCCAUCAACAGUUGCAGAUUUGGUCGAAUUAGGUAACUGAUUUAGAUGCAACAAGGAUAUGUGGUUGGUCUACAUUGACACGUACAAAGCCCGUUUAUUUUGUUUUGUUUACAACUCUAUGGGCCUGGAAAGGUCAUAUUUUGUUUUAAAAUGUGUGGACAUGAAAA